CGCAUUGUUUCUUAUGCAUUCCAUCAUCAUCCUAGUCCACGCGACGCAACGCUUUCCGCCUCCAGACUUUUUUUAUUUUUAUUUUUUUUAAUAUAAAUACGCUUCGAUUCUGACCAAAGUCUUCAUGAAUUUUCAUCAGUAACUCUUUUUAACCCUCCCCACUCUCACUUGCCUGUAAAUAGAUUACUCCUCCUUCAUCUUUCCAACAAAUUAUAUUAUUCAUCAUGUCAUUCGAUACAAAGGUUUCAGGUGUUACUAUCCUCACCAAGGUUACUCCUGAACAGGCAGAAAUCCUCACUCCUGAGGCUCUGCUCUUUGUCGCUACAUUGCAUCGCACCUACGAACCCACACGUCAAGCUUUACUUCAACGUCGCAAGGACCGUCAGCAACAAUUGGAUCAGGGUCAAUUGCCAGACUUCUUGCCAGAGACUCGCCAUAUCCGUGAGGAUGGCACCUGGAGAGCCGCCAAACCUGCGCCAGGAUUGGCAGAUCGUCGUGUUGAGAUCACUGGCCCUGUAGACCGCAAGAUGGUCAUCAACGCCUUGAACUCAGGUGCUGCAACGUUCAUGGCUGACUUUGAAGAUUCAACGGCACCAACCUUUUCCAAUCUGGUCGAUGGCCAAAAGAACCUUAAGGACGCUAUCCACCAGCGCAUCUCUUAUACUGCACCCAACGGCAAGCAGUACAAUAUCCGGAAGGAUGGCAAGAUUGCAACUUUGAUUGUCAGACCUCGUGGAUGGCAUUUGGAUGAGAAGCAUGUCCUAGUAGAUGGGCAGAUUGUUUCAGGAUCUUUCUUCGAUUUUGCACUUUAUUUCUUCCACAACGCCCGCAAGUCGCUAGAGAUCGGCAUUGGUCCUUAUUUCUAUGUACCAAAAAUGGAGUCUCAUCUGGAAGCUCGUCUUUGGAACGAUGUCUUCAACACCGCUCAGGACUAUAUUGGCAUUCCCCGUGGCACUAUUCGUGCCACAGCCUUGAUCGAGACUAUUCUUGGGGCCUUCGAGAUGGAUGAGAUCAUCUAUGAGUUGCGUGACCAUUCUGCAGGACUCAACUGUGGUCGCUGGGAUUACAUCUUCUCGUUUAUCAAGAAAUUACGCCAGAGACCUGAGUAUGUCCUACCAGACCGUUCUGAUAUCACCAUGACCACUCCCUUCAUGGAUGCUUAUGUCCGUCUAUUGAUCAAAACCUGCCACAAGCGUGGAGUACAUGCUAUGGGUGGUAUGGCUGCACAGAUCCCUAUUAAAAAUAAUGAGGCCGCUAACAAGGCUGCCAUGGACAAAGUCUAUAAUGAUAAGCUACGUGAGGUCAAGGCAGGGCAUGAUGGCACCUGGGUCGCACAUCCUGAUCUCGUUAAGAUUGCAAUGAAUGUCUUUAAUGAGCAUAUGCCGCAGCCUAACCAGCUUCAUAUCCGUCGCGAGGAUGUCCAUGUUGAGGCUGUAGAUUUGCUUAACACAAACGUCAAAGGCGCUAUUACAGAAGCUGGUAUCCGUGCCAAUGUCUCCGUAUCUUUGUUGUAUAUGGAAGCAUGGCUCCGUGGGCUGGGAUGUGUUCCCAUCCAUAAUUUGAUGGAGGAUGCUGCCACAGCCGAGAUUUCGCGCUCGCAGUUGUGGCAAUGGGCAAGGCAUCAGGCCAGGACAAGAGAAGGCGUACCUGUAACCGCAGAGUACUUGCUCAAAGUGUUGGAUGAGGAGGUCGACAAGUUGGCACAGAGCAUGGGCGAGCAGGGUUUCAAAGCUAGUAAGAUCCUUGAAGCCAAGAAGCACCUGGCUACCCAGAUUACUGGCAAGGAUUACGGUGAUUUUUUAACUAGCUUGUUGUAUGAUGAUAUCGUAGAGCUUGAUAACCCCAAGGCUCGCAUCUAAAAGACUUGUCCACAUAAUGCAUGCGAUAAAUAAAUAAAUAAAUCGCUUUGUUUCCCA